AUGACAGAGAUACACAACAAGGAUAGCACCAUGCGGUCAGUCGUCUUUGACGGCCAGCCGUUCGAGGUUCAUGUCCGUGACGUACCAAAGGCAAAGGUCGUCAGGCAAACGGACGCCGUGGUUCGGGUCACUUCAGCGGCUCUCUGCGGCAGCGACCUGCACAACUACCACGGCGUCUUUGGCAGCAAGCAGGUGCCUUAUCCUAUUGGACAUGAAGCGAUGGGGAUCGUCGAGCAAGUGGGAGCAGAUGUUGAUUCCGUGAAGGUUGGGGAUAGGGUCAUUAUCCCUGAUUUGCCUAGUGGCGUCGGGCUGGAUUUAGAACCUGCUAUUAACCCCCCAAUUGCGUUUUAUGGACAAGGCCAUCAAUUUGGCGAUUUGGGAGGUUGCCAAGCCGAGUUCGUGCGUGUUCCACUCGCGGACAAAUCCUUGUUUGUUCUUGGGAAGGAAUAUGAUAUGAUUGCAGAUACAGAUCUGGUUCUUCUUUCAGACGUCUUCCCUACUGCCUGGGCGGGCGUUACUUGGUCGGGCUUCGAGGCCGGAGACAAGAUCGCGAUAUUCGGGGCCGGCGCAGUCGGACUCCUUGCGGCGUAUUCGGCAAUUCUUCGUGGUGCCUCACGAGUGUACUGCAUCGACUCCGUCGAAGAACGACUGGAACUCGCCGCUUCCAUUGGCGCUAUUCCGAUCAACUUCACGAAGGGCGAACCGUCGGCGCAAAUCCUAGCCCGGGAACCAGGCGGCGUUCAGCGCACCGUGGACUGUGUUGGGGAGGAGUGCGUCAACGAGACAUUGAAGCCUGAUCAGUCGUUUGUGAUCACACAGGCGAUCAAGUGCACCAGCGUGGGUGGUGGCUUAGGGGUUAUUGGCGUAUACUUUGCUCAGGCGUAUUCCGAAGGAGUUCAGCGAGGAAAUACUAUUUCACCGUCUAUUACUUUUCCCAUGACGCUCUUCUGGGAAAAGAACAUAACGGUUCGUGGUGGUGCGGUGGACAGCAAAUUAUAUGUGCAGCCACUGCUGGAAUUGGUAAAAUGUGGCAGAGCUAAACCGGGGUUCGUUUUCUCUAGCGUUAUCGAUAUAGAAGAGGCACCGAACGGAUAUCGACGGUUUUCGGAUCGCCUGGAGACGAAAGUCAUGAUCAAGUUCUAG